AUGAAUGAAGGACCCAGAGAAUGGAAUCUCUCAAUGUUCCGCUGCUUCCGUGAAUCAGACUCAACCUCGCAUUUAAUUCCCUCAUCUUCUAAUUCGAAUUCCUCAGAAUCAGAUUCGGCAGCUAAAGGUAAAUCACAGGUUAAUGGUGUUUGGUUAACGCGUCGUGAUCACUCUGCUGCUCCACUUGUUAUCCGCGUUUCCGAUUUCGCUCAUCUUGUUAUUAUGCAAGGCACAGAGAUUGUUGAGUCCUACUUCCUUAUCCUAGCCAAGAAGUGGAUCAAAAUGGUAAACAUUGAAGAAGAGAUUAUGUUUUACAUCCGAGAACGAAGUAGGGUUCGACGGCUACGGCUUACCUUCGGUUCAGUUGAUGAUGCUCGUUCAUGUUAUUCUCAUUUGUCUCAAUAUGUUUCGGCUAAGCCGCCUUCAAAUGCUCUUGGAGAUGUUGAAUCUAGCAAACUUUCUGAAGAGGAAGAUUCAAGAGUGUCACACUAUCUUUCUCUUAUGACCAGUAUUGGCCCAAAAAGUGGUGAUUGUUCUGCUCAAGCGGAUGCGGCCUGGUAUACCAAUUGGCCAACGGAUCGCCUUGUUGAACUUGUCAAACUUUGUCUGAAUGAUAAAAACUUUCCAGGUUUUGUCAGACAAGUUCAAGAGUGCCUACAAAUUCUUGCUCCUUUACAAAAUGAGGAAUUCGUUGCUACACAAAAUCAGAUGGAGGAAUAA